ACAUUUUAAUUUGAAUCCACCCAGUUUUGUAUAAUGAAAAGAAAUACAUAAUUUUAAUUCAAGCGAAGUGUUUUCCAACCAGAUUGUAUUUGCUUAAAUUGCUACAGGAAUUCAAGGGACAGCCCUGUCUGGACACAGAGUUACUGUGGAUCUUUAAGAGACUCAGUUAAAGAGUUUAGGAAUUUCUGAUUCAUUUAAAGGAUUUGCAAAUUCAUCAACCCUGAAAACUAAAGCAAAUUCAACAGGACAAAAAAGAACAUGAGCUUUUCAAGUACAGUAUCUGUCUUUUUCUUCUUCUUUGGAGUUAAGGUAUAUUGUCAAUAUGAAAUUUAUCAGUGGGAUGAAGAUUACGACCCAGAGCCAAAUGAAGAUUAUGAACCACAAUUCCAAUUUCAUCCAAAUGUAGAAUAUGGAAUUCCUUAUCAGCGUAUUUUAGGCUGUGCCAGCGAAUGCUUCUGUCCAACUAACUUUCCGUCAUCAAUGUAUUGUGACAAUCGCAAACUCAAGACAAUCCCAAAUAUUCCAGUGCAUAUUCAGCAACUCUACCUUCAGUUCAAUGAAAUUGAGGCUGUGACAGCAAGUUCAUUCACCAAUGCAACUAAUCUUAAAGAAAUUAACCUCAGUCACAACAAAAUUAAAUCUCAAAAGAUUGACUAUGGUGUGUUUGCUAAAUUUUCAAAUCUACUACAACUUCACCUUGAGCAUAACAAUUUAGAAGAAUUUCCAUUUCCUCUUCCUAAAUCUCUGGAAAGACUCCUUCUUGGUUACAAUGAAAUUUCCACACUGCACACAAAUGCCAUGGAUGAACUAGUAAACUUGACUAUGCUUGAUCUCUGUUAUAAUCAUCUUCAUGAUUCUAUGUUAAAAGAAAAACACCUUGCCAAAAUGGAAAAAUUGAUGCAGCUCAACCUAUGUAGUAACAGAUUGGAAUCAAUGCCUCCUGGAUUGCCUUCUUCACUUAUGUAUCUAUCUUUAGAAAAUAAUUCUAUUUCUUCUAUACCAGAGAAAUACUUUGACAAACUUCCAAAACUUCAUGCUCUAAGGAUGUCACACAACAAUCUGCAAGAUAUUCCAUAUAAUAUUUUUAAUCUUUCCAACCUUAUAGAGCUCAACGUUGGACACAACAAAUUGAAGCAAGCAUUCUACAUCCCAAGAAAUUUGGAACACCUAUACCUAGAAAAUAAUGAAAUAGAAAACAUCAAUGUGACAAUGAUGUGUCCCUUUGUUGACCCACUACAGCAGCACCAUUUAACAUAUCUUCGUGUGGACCAAAAUAAGCUAAAAGAGCCAAUUAGUUCAUAUAUCUUCUUCUGCUUCCCUCAUAUACACAGUAUUUAUUAUGGUGAACAAAGAAGCACUAAUGGUCAAACAAUACAACUGAAGACCCAAGUUUUUGGAAGAUUUCAAGAUGAUGAUGAGGAGGAGGAGGAGGAGGAUCAUGAUAAUCAUGACAACAUACAUGUGAGCCAAGAACAAGAAGGGCCAGAAGAACACUUGGACCCUCAUUACUAUGAAGUUCAAGAAUGGCAAGAAAUUAUAUAGGUAUACAUUUGUGACUUUAUAAAACCUUAUUACUCAAUAUAAAUCUAAAUAUACAUUGCUCAAGGUAAUAUAUUUAGAGUUAUGUAUUAGUAUUGCAUUUAAAUUACUGGAGGCAAUUACAUCAUUACAUAGGAUUAGAACUUACUCAAAAUGAUAUAAAUGUUUAGAAAUAUAAACUAGAAUAACAAGUGGAAACAAAAACCCUAAAUUUUAAUGGCUUCUUUUGAAUCCUAGAAAUAUUACCAUGCUGAAAAAAAGUGUCACUGAAAAAGUGUCACUUCUAGUAAGAGUAAUGUUUCUAAAAGUGAUGAAGGAAGUACAAGGAAAGUCGUUUAAGACUAUUUUCUUUAACUGUCUCCAUAAAAGCUUGCACACUUUUUUUGUGAUUGUCUCACUAUGGCGUCCAUUCCACUGGUUCAGCACUUAGAGCACAGAAUGAUAGCUUUAAUUUUCAAGAGACCACCACACUAUAAAUCCAGGGCAGACAGAUUAAUGAAAGCAACUGUUGUACUCUUCUCUCAGAGCACCGAAGCAGAAACUCUAAAUUUGGUAACUAAAAAUCAUCAGACUAUUUUAGUAUAGUCUGUCUUUUAGCAAAUUUCAGCAACUUCUCAAAAUAAAUCUUUACUGUGUUUCACUUUAAUUGGGAUAAAUGUUUUUACAGUAAACUAGAGAAAGGCCUCUGUUUUGGUUACAUGCAGCUUUGCUAAUAAAUACCUGCUUUGUUCACAAGGUUAAGUUAAUCUUAAGAAAAUAAAGUUCUUUAAAUAUUAUUGAA